UCAUUCCUUGCACCUUCAGCUCGAGUACGCAGAAAACUCCCCAGUACUCGAGUUCUCUCUUCUCUCUUCUAAGUGUUCUUGCUUAAUGAAGCUCUUUUGAGUUAAUUAAGUGAAGUACUCAAGUGCUAGCUCCUCUAAAAUAUAGUAGUAGUGCUGGAAUUAGCUCAGCAAUAAUCAAAUAAAAUUAGUAGUAACUCUCUCCACUAAAACGAAAACUACAAAAAAAAUUUCCAUUGAAUUAAUCAAGGUUCUGAACGAAGAACGUUUUGUGGUGGAUUGUUCCCCACAAAAACGACUAACCGCUGACCUCUCCUAGUAUUUUCCCUGCAUAUUCUCUGCACUAAUCUUUUGUAGUAGUCAUGUCGGUCUGGGGGAACAUCCGGAACAAGGUGAAGAAGCUCGACUCGUCAUCCCGAUCCCGGAGUUCGCGAGCGUCAUCAGCCUCUUGGGAUGACAUGUCGGUGGACUCAGUCCGCCGACCGUCACGAUCCCAGGAAGAAGAGGAGGAAGCCCCUGCCUCUCCAGCAGUCCCGAGGCCCCACCUCAAAAUUAGAGUUCUGACUACGGUCGACCAGAUCGUAGUCCGGACCGAUUACAAGCGAGAUGCCUUCGAGCUGCUGAAGAGGCAGUCGUACAGCCACGCCAAGCGGUUCGAUACAAAAUCCCUCAUGAGGACGGGACUCCGCCAGGACAUGAAUCGCGCAUUCACGGAUGCGGGAUGGUCGCGUUUCGCCAACAUCACUGAACCAUGUUCGCAUUUUCUUACCAUGGAAUUACUAACAACGCUGCAUGUUGAAACGGUUGGAAAUGAAACUAAAAUACACUUUCACUUUUUCAACGAGUUCUUUGAAAUGCCAAUCAGAUACUUUAGUAAUGCACUGGGAUUUAGUAAGAAAUGCACCUUAGAGGCUACUGCAUUAACAGAAGAACAUGAUUAUGACCGUAGUGCUUGGUGGAAUGAAAUCUCAGAUGAACCAGUAAGUAGUAAGAACAUCAUUGUUUAUAUCCAUAAUUCAACUCUGAGAGUCCUAGCCAAGUACCUUGCUAUGGUAGUCUUUUCCCGAGCAGACCUCAGACUGUGUAGCUCCUUGGAGCUCAUGUGCAUGUUCGCUAUGGCAAAGAAGAUUUGCUCCUUUGAGUACGACUACCCGCUCACGCAGGGGCUGUCGGAUCUCACUGCCCGGGUGGGUGCCUUGGAGUUACAUCAGGAGGAGAUAGGACUCAACCUCGAUCACAACACCAGCCUCACACAAGAGAACUGGGGGAUGCUAUCCUCUAUGUCCUAUGACUGGCACCAAUGUACCUACUACCCCCACCACAUCCAGACCAACAGUCCUGAGCUUCGUUGAAGCUUGGGGGAGAGAUUGUCAGUGCCCAGGAAUUCACUGUCCAAAGAAGAUCGAAAUCAGAGAAGAUUCAGGCCACCUGGCAUAUUCUGUGGUGGCCGGCCUGACACCUGCCCAUACAAAUGUGCAAUAUUUUUACAGGAGCAACUUGACACGUUCAUAAUGCUCCAGAGCGAGGCGAACAUCUCAGAUUCAGUUGGUGGACCCGGAAGGCACAAGGAUCAAGCAGAAAACCCACAAGCCAGUGCCCAGAUCGUCAAAUGGGGAAACUACCCACCUCAAAGGCAUUGUGGAGCAUUGAUCUGCAACGUCGGCGAAACGGAGGGCCAAGGGGCUCCGGAGGCAGGCCACCCGGCCUCCCCCGGGCCGCCCGGCCUAGGUGUCCACGCGUCAGAGUUAAGCAUCCGUCAAACCGACAUUCAGGAGCAAUCAGGGACGUCCAGAAGAAGGCGGUGGCCAGAUGGCCACACUCCUAGGCCGACUGGCCUAGGAUGGGCCACUUGGCCCCACUUUGCAUCCUCUCGGCUCCCGGCUUCGCGUGGGAGUUAAGCACCGCCUCUACAGUUGCGUACACCCGGCGCUACUUGAAUUACCUGCCAUUAACCGCCCUUGGAAGUCCCUCUCCAUCACUUGUAAACACACACUCAAAGGAGCAAUUCUCUCUUCUCAAGUCUAGAGUAGGUUAGUAGUUGGGAGUUAGAGUCGAGUCGAGCUUGUCUCGGGGAUCCGGAGUCGUCAUUGGUGCUUGGU